AUGUUCUCGGGCUCUCGCAGUCGUCGUUUCAAAAUUGGACCGGUUAACCAUAUACGGUCAAGAGAGCUGAAACGGACCGUUCAUGGCCUGCGAGAAAGCUAUAAAUACGUGCACAAUAUCCUCAGUUGCUCGAACAAGCUUCCUGCUACUUGCAUCAAGCCCAUCCGCUGGUUACUCAGUACCUAUCUUGAAUAUCUCCGAAUUCUCGCGAGGCUCGACAUUCGAGCAGUCCGGGCAGAACGAGCCCAGUCCAAACUUGAACAGGAAUUAAGCGCUUCCAAGGCUGCCGAGAAGCAGGCGACUGAGGAGUUGGAGCAUGUAUCCAGACUAGCGGAUAUCUUCUUUGAACUCAGCCAGAAACUAGGAGGCGUGGUGGAUCAUUGGCUGAAGGAGCGCGGUGCCAACCAAUCCGGCCAAGAGCCGGAGUCAACAAAGGUAAUGCUUGAUGUGCUGUUGAAGCAAUUGGAAGCACAGGAGUUGGGCAAUAGCGGUGAGAAUUCCGGUGGUGACUCGGAAAGUGGCAGCGAGAAGGCUGCGGAACAGUGCAGCUAA